GCGUUUCUCCUCCAAAGACCGACAGCCAACUACAACUACGGUACAGUGGGCGCUCUCGGAAACCCGCAUUCAUCCUCUGCUCGUCGACGGCGCCGUAGCAGCACACCGGAUACGCCCGAACACACUUUUGAGGGAACAGGAGGUUUCGCGGAGGAUCGCACGGCAAGCGAGGCCAGGUCUCGAACAUCCAGCAGUAUUCAGUCACGCGCCCCAUCAGAGGGCCCCGAACCGUACCCCAAGCGCAGGCGCCUGGCAAAUAUGCGCCCGGAUGGCAUUUCCAGUACAAACGGCUCCUCCCAUACGUUGAAUGGCUCAAAUGCAUCCCCGUCCCAGAAGACAGCUUUCGCCCACUCUCUGAACGGCCAAACGAGUUUCACGGCCUCCAACGGAGACGUAUGCACGAAUGGCUCUCAAAAGGCGUCAGUCGGCCCUCCGUCAUACUAUGGUCAUGACCGAGAAGAAGUUACCAGGAUCUUGAUUCAAGCCCUGUUUGACCUUGGCUAUGAUGGGGCCGCGACGCUUCUAAGCAAGGAGAGUGGGUAUCAACUGGAGAGCCCAGCAGUUGCUACAUUUAGAAAUGCGGUGUUAGAGGGCCGAUGGACCGAGGCGGAACAUAUACUGGUGCAAUCAUUCUAUCCGGAUCGAGGUGGUUGGAGGAGUAAUACCGGCGAGCAAGCGACGAAUCGGGAGAAGCUGGUUUUGGUGGAAGAUGCUCAAAAGAACGAAAUGCUUUUUUACCUGCGACAGCAAAAAUUCCUCGAAUUGUUGGAAGCCCGCGAUUUGGCGGCGGCCCUAAUAGUUCUGAGACAUGAACUGACACCUCUGAACUAUGACAUAGGACGGUUACACGCCCUGUCCAGUCUACUCAUGUGCCCCCCGGAACAUCUCCACGACCAGGCCGGCUGGGACGGUCCCAUAAGCUCUUCUCGAGAACGUUUGUUAUCGGAAUUGUCUCGUGAGUCCCCAAACCCAGCGUUCGGAGCUGUAACGGCGCAUACCGCUAACAACCUAGCAGGGUCAAUAUCGCCCUCUGUAAUGAUCCCGGACAAUCGUCUUGCUAUUCUGCUGGAUCACGUCAAACAAACACAGAUCAACCAGUGCUUAUACCAUAAUUCCGCAUCACCACCUUCAUUAUAUUCAGAUCACAUGUGUGAUCGCAAAGACUUUCCUUUGCGGACCGGGAUUGAGUUGAACCAGCAUUCCGACGAGGUAUGGUGGUGCCAGUUCUCCAACGACGGGACGAAGCUGGUCACUGCCAGCAAAGAUCAGACGGUAAUCAUUUACGAAACCAGCACCUUCUCUGUGAUACAGAAGCUCUUGGGUCAUGAGGAUGGUGUUGCACAGUGUGCAUGGAGCCCGGAUGACUCGAAGAUCAUUACCUGUUCUCAGGACAAGACCGCCCGCGUGUGGAGCGUUGAGACUGGUCGUUGCCUUCUGACCAUCAAUCACCACCGUCAUCCCGUGACAGCUGCGGCGUGGGCUCCUGAUGGCGAGUCUUUCGUAACGGCGGCUCUGGACGUGAGCUCGCAACUCUGUCAUUGGGGCAUGCGUGGACAGACCCUAUACAUGUGGCCGGAAGGCUUCCGCGUCCAAGACUGUGCUAUCACGCCCGAUGGCCGGAGACUUAUCGCGGCAGACCUCGAUCAGAAGGUCCACGUCUACAACCUUGCGACCCGCGAUGAAGAAUACUGUCUAGCCCUGAAAAGCAAGCCAACCUCCGUCGCUGUUAGCAGGGACUCCCGUCACAUGUUGAUCAACUCCGCCGACGGACAAAUACAGCUUGUUGACAUCAACACCACAGACGUUGUGCGUCGAUUUUCAGGGCAGAAACAAGGGCAUUUCGUCAUUCGCAGUGUCUUUGGUGGUGCGGCGGAAAACUUUAUUGUCAGUGGAAGUGAAGAUUCUCGUGUUUAUAUCUUCCACAAAGAAGCUGGCACACUUGUAGAGGCAUUGGAGGGGCACGUACGAGGAUGUGUAAAUUCCAUGUCCUGGAAUCCUCGAGACCCAGGAAUGUUUGCUUCUGCUGGCGACGACUGCUUGGUUAGAAUUUGGACACGUGAACGUGACAUACGGCCAAAUGUUUCAGCAGGCAAGCACAGGGCAGUAUCGACAAGUGGUUUCACUCGCACUAGCGCUCUGCGUUCAACAUCAAGCUUCAAUUAGUGCUCCCGUUUCAGGAGUAGCAGGCAAUCCCAUAUAGUCUAUACAUACUUGGAAGCAGCUCCAGCUUAAACAUCUCUCGCAUUCACUCCGUCCGCUUUCUCCCUCAUCUCUACUCCGA